GAGUUGCAGCAUGCGUAGUCUGUGGAGACGGAGGGGAAGAUAGGUCGAGGGAACGGAUUUAAAAUGCGGGUUUAAAAAGACCGAGUGCGGAUCCGGAGCCGAAAAUAAAACCGUUCUCAGACAUAGGGCCUGCGGGGUAUUGGAAGGGGAGGACUUGCAGACGGGGAACUCAAACCAAACAUCACAUUAAGAUCCGACAGUCACUUGAUUCAUCAGGACCUGAAUAUAAUCGGUCUUUGAAUGUGUAAGGAGAAAUGUUUGUCUGUUCUGUCUGUGGGACAUGAUUUCAAACAUCAGUGUGUCUGGAUAAGCACUGAGAUAUAGACACACUCGAGUGAGAGUGUUCCAGUGAACUGCCCGCGGAAAGAGCUUUAACCAGUUACACAGCCUGAAAUAACAUCUCACCAUUAACAGUGGGGAGAAACUGCACACGUGUUCUGUGUGUGGAGGAGGCUCCAACUGAUCAUCCAAUCUGGAGAGACACAGGGACACCAGCACCAUGGAGAAACCGUGGAAAUGUGAGGAAUGUGGGAAUGGAUUCAAUUACCCAUCUCAGCUACAAAAGCAUCAGCGCAGUCACACUGGGGAGAGGCCGUUCACCUGCUCUGAGUGUGGGAAGGGUUUCACUCAGUCAGCCAACCUGCGAGCACACCAACGUAUUCACACUGGAGAGAGACCAUUCGCCUGCUCUGAAUGUGGGACAGGAUUCACUAAGUCAUUUGACCUGCUGAGACACCGGCGGGUUCACACUGGCGAGAGGCCAUUCACCUGCUCUGAGUGUGGGAAGGGUUUCAUUCAGUCAUCUGAUCUGCUGAGACACCAGCGAGUUCACAGUGGAGAGAGGCCGUUCACCUGCUCCGAGUGUGCGAAGGGAUUUACUCAGUUAUCCAGCCUGCUUAUACACCAGCGGUUUCACACUGGAGUGAGACCCUUCACUUGCUCAGAGUGUGGGAAGGGAUUCACUCAGUUAUCCCACCUGCUGGUGCACCAGCUUUGUCACACUGGAGAGAGGCCAUUCACCUGCUCCGAGUGUGGGAAGAGAUUCAUUCGGUCAUCCCACCUGCAAACACACCAGCGGAUACACACUGGAGAGACACCAUUCACCUGCUCCGAGUGUGGGAAAGGAUUCACUCAGUCAUCCCAUCUGCGAACACACCAACAAAUUCACACUGGGGAGAGGCUGUUUACCUGCUCUGAGUGUGGGAAGGGAUUCACUCAGUCAUCCGACCUGUGGAGACACCAACGAGUUCACACUGGGGAGAGACCGUUCACCUGCUCCGAGUGUGGAAAGGGAUACACUCAAUCAUCUGACCUGCUGAUACACCAGCGGAUUCACACUGGGGAGAGACCAUUCACCUGUCCUGUAUGUGGCAAAGGAUUCACUGCGUCCUCUGCACUGCUGAAGCACCAGCAAAUUCACACUGAGGAGAGGCCGUUCAGCUGUACUUCCUGUGGAAAGAGAUUCAGGUCUUCAGCCCAGCUCAAAGCUCACCAGCGAGUUCACACUGGAGAGAGACCAUUCACCUGCUCUGAGUGUGAGAAGAAAUUCACUCACUCAUCCCAACUGCAGAGACACCAGCGAGUUCAUAGGUGACUGCAGGGGUUAGAUUCUGCUGUUUUUGCUGCUGUUAAUCACAUCCAGGACUGAACCAUCUUCAUUCUGACAGUUGGGGUUUGUUUCUGCUGAUGUUAAAAUCCCUGUAACUGGGCUGAAGUUUAAUAUUCUGGAUCUAAAGCUGAUUGUGUUCUCGGGGCUGCAGUGGACCAGGAUGCUCCACAAAUGUCCCCAUCCUCAAUGAUGGGGGAGCCCAGCACAUCAGCCUGAAGCAUUUACAGCAAUAAUCAGCCAGAAAUACCUAGUCAAUGAUCCUUCCCAGCCAUCCAGUGGUCCCCAGGAUCACAGAUGCCAGUCUUCAGCCAAUUCGAUUCACUCCAUGUGAUAUCGAGAAUCGAUUGAAGGCAUCAGAUUCUACCGAGGUUAUGGGCCCUGACAAUAUUCUGCAAUUGUACUGAAGAUUUGUGCUCUGUGCCGUGCCCCUAGCCAAGCUGCUCCUGUGCAGCUACAACACAGGCAUCUACCCAUCAAUGUGGAAAA